UUGUCUGCUCUUUAAGCAGCUGUGAUACUGUUGCUCUUUAGUUGCUGAUGGUGGGCCACAUCCCCGGGCCUUUUCUAUUCUAUAAAAACCCCCACCACUCCCCACUCUUCCCUCCCUUAAUCUCAACAAACUGCAAUUCUCUCCCCACCCAACCUUUCCCACUCUUCAUUUUCUUCAACUCCAAUCCUCUCCAAUUCAACACAGAAAUUCAAAACCAUGCAUCCCGGCGAGGUUGCGGGCAUGCGAUACCUACAACCCGUAAGCCCACCUCCCUACCCGGCUCACUUUAGCGCAAUGCAAAACAACAUGCCCGCCUUCCACUACAACAGCUUCCUCAGGCCUUAUCCUACACCCACUUUCCACAUGACAGCUCCCGUCCAUGAAUUCGCCCCACAGACACCGUCCCUCAGCAACAACUCGACUUCUGACGAAGCAGAUGAGCUCCAGAUGAGCGUGAUUGAUGAGAGGAAGCAGCGGCGGAUGAUAUCGAACAGGGAGUCAGCCCGCCGAUCGCGGAUGCGUAAGCAAAAGCACCUCGAUGAGCUCUGGUCGCAGGUCCUCCGGCUACGGACAGAGAACCGCCAGCUCAUCGACAAGCUGAACCACGUGUCCGAGUGCCAUGACCGGGUCCUACACGAGAACGAAAGGCUCAGGGAGGAAGCUUCCGAUCUCCGACGGACACUCCAAGACCUGCAGCUUGAUGAUCCUUACACUGUUUUGAGAGAGAUGGAGGAAGUCCCCUGCAACACUGCGCAUCUCAGAGCCGAGUCAACAAACCAACCUGUCACUUCUUCUAUGAAUUUGCUUCAUUGAGAGUGGAUCUUCUUUCUUUUCUUUUCUUCUUUUGUUCCUGUCCUGUCACAAAUGAAGGUUCACUCCCUCCUUCCUUUCAUUUGAGCUGUACGGAAUCGAAAAUUGAGCAUGCAAUAACAGCUUUUGAGUAUCUCAUUUCAAA